AUGUCAUCCCCAGACCUCAUGACGCUAUUGGGUUAUAUCGAGGACUGCCUGAACCAGGAUAAGCUGAGAGCAUUUGUGAAGGGUAAACCAUACUGGUCCAUAUUCAUGAUUACAGGCAUCAAGGUUGCUCGCACAGGAACAAGACAAACGAGGGAGGAAAGCGGCGCAGCUAUCAAUGUCGGGCCAGAACUGGAGGUUCCAGCUCUUGCUAGUCUGACAGCUACUACUAACAUCAAUCGUGCCACCUCGGAAAGCUAUUCUGGAAAUUACACAAGGGAUUUCAUCUGGGCUAUUCGACUUGCUAAAGUGCGCAAUGGGUUUCUGAUGAAGGACUGGUCUGUCGCUGCAUAUACCAAGGGAGGGAUGUUCGCAAAUGGAAAGGACGAUGUAGAUGUUGAGAGUGCACUACAAGGUGAAGGAUUGGACGAGUUUCAGAUUUUUGAUGAUAUUGACCUGGAUGAGGCUAUUGUGUUGAACGAACAUGUUAUUUGA